ACAACACUUUCGCAGCCCAAACAGUGCGCAUUAACUUUUUGUCUCUCUGUGAAAUCGGAAUUCUACUUUAUUUAUUUUGACAACGUACCCACCCAUACAGAUUGACCAGACCGAGCAAGCAAGUUGCACCAAACGACGAGCAAAGAUGAUGGAUGGAAUCGGGGUUGAGCGGGGCUCAGACACACGCGGUUGUGCGAUGACGGCGUCGGCACGAAGCUUGCCACAUGGCACAAGAGAUUCCGUGGCCCACGAGGAUGACCUCACGGCGGCAGGAGGGAUUGCGCAGCACCGUGGUGCCAUCGACGGGAGAUAAGGCGGAUUACAGCUUGUUUUGCAUGGCGGGUGUGCAAUUAAAAUCCCCAUUAACCAGCCAAUUUAAUGCUCAUGCACCAGCGGCACGCGACGUAUUCAAGUUUUCAAGCUCCGCCAUCGAAAUGUCCACUUCCGUUGGCCCGGAACCGUGCAUCGUGGUCUGCCCCAGUUGCCGUCAACAGGUUACCACUCGUGUGGAGCCGAAAGCCACCACCAAGACUCACCUGAUAGCAUUGAUUAUGUGCCUUACCUUCCUUUGGCCCUGCUUGCUGCCUGUACUGCACUCAAUGCGCCCGGAACUCCGACCACCACUGUCCAUCUUGCAACGCCUACAUUGGCACCUACGAGCGCUGAGCAACUUCCGCCGGAAGUUGUUUUUUUUUUUUUGUCGUGGACUGCAGCCAGCAGCCGUGCCGAAAUGCAGCCCCCAUUACUUAUCCCCACUUGAUCUAUUUUUAACUCUCUCACAUUUAUUACUACGCACUAUUUUGAUAACAAAACAAAUCAUUGUAGUGCCGGCAUAUGUAUUCUUCAGCACACCAAUAAAAGGGUUCAAGGAAG